AGCGUCAGGUGGCCUCGGUGUCCUCCGCCUGUGCGCCCGAGCCUGCAGGGCCGCCCUUCAGGGCGCGCAAGGGGCGAGUCUGCCCAGCCAGCAGCGCCCCAGGCCGGAUGGACGCUUGUUCCUGGUUCUGUGCCUGGUGAGCGCUCAAAGCCCUUGUGUGUGCACUGACCAUGGUGCCUGGGCUGCCGCCCCGGGCGGGGCACGGCAGGACCUUUCGGGACCUUUCCUGGGGGGAGCCUCGCUUUCCCCGCCUCCAGCCUCCGCCUGGAGGGCGGGCGAGCGGGCGGGGCCCCAGUACAGGCCUUGAGACCCAGAAGGGAGCGGCGAUUUUUGCUGCACCAAGCAGUGACCGAAGGCUCCGCUCACGCCAGGACUGAUCCUGCCUGAAGAUGGUGCCACUGGUGGCUGUGGUAUCGGGGUCCCGUGCCCAGCUCUUUGCCUGCCUGCUCAGGCUGGGCACUCAGCAGGCCGGCCUCCUUCAGCUGCACACCGGGGCCAGCCAUGCAGCCAGGAACCAUUAUGAGGUGCUGGUGCUGGGUGGGGGCAGUGGUGGGAUCACCAUGGCCGCUCGCAUGAAGAGGAAAGUGGGUGCAGAGAAUGUGGCCAUUGUUGAGCCCAGUGAGAGACAUUUCUACCAGCCAAUCUGGACACUGGUGGGUGCUGGUGCCAAACAAUUGUCCUCAUCAGGUCGUCCCAUGGCGAGUGUGAUUCCAUCUGGUGUGGAAUGGAUCAAAGCUAGAGUGACUGAGCUGAACCCAGACAAGAACUGCAUUCACACAGACAAUGAUGAGCAGAUCUCCUACCGAUAUCUUAUUAUUGCUCUCGGAAUCCAGCUGAACUAUGAGAAGAUUAAAGGCCUACCUGAAGGUUUUGCUCAUCCCAAAAUAGGGUCGAAUUAUUCAGUUAAGACUGUAGAGAAGACAUGGAAAGCUCUGCAGGACUUCAAGGAGGGCAAUGCCAUCUUCACCUUCCCAAAUACUCCAGUGAAGUGUGCUGGAGCCCCUCAGAAGAUCAUGUAUUUAUCAGAAGCCUACUUCAGGAAGACAGGGAAGCGAUCCAAGGCCAAUAUCAUUUUCAAUACUUCUCUUGGAGCCAUUUUUGGGGUUAAGAAGUAUGCAGAUGCCCUGCAGGAGAUCAUCCGGGAGCGGAACCUCACUGUUAACUACAAGCAAAACCUCAUUGAAGUCCGAGCCGAUAAACAAGAGGCUGUAUUUGAGAACCUGGACAAACCUGGAGAGACCCAAGUGAUUUCAUAUGAAAUGCUUCAUGUCACACCACCAAUGGGCCCACCAGAUGUCCUCAAGACCAGUCCUGUGGCUGAUGCUGCUGGUUGGGUGGAUGUGGAUAAAGAAACUCUGCAACACAAGAGGUACCCAAAUGUGUUUGGGAUUGGGGACUGCACCAACCUUCCUACGUCAAAGACCGCUGCUGCAAUAGCUGCCCAGUCAGGAAUACUUGAUAGAACAAUUUCUCUGAUUAUGAAGAAUCAAACACCAACAAAGAAGUAUGAUGGCUACACAUCAUGUCCACUGGUGACCGGCUACAACCGUGUGAUUCUUGCCGAGUUUGGCUACAAAGCGGAGCCGCUAGAAACCUUCCCCUUUGAUCAAAGCAAAGAGCGCCUUUCCAUGUAUGUCAUGAAAGCUGAUCUGAUGCCUUUCCUGUAUUGGAAUAUGAUGCUAAGGGGUUACUGGGGAGGACCAGCAAUUCUGCGCAAGUUGUUUCAUCUGGGUAUGAGUUGAGGAUGGCUCAGCACUUGCUCAUUUGGAUGGCUUCUGGGCCAAAACUGCAGUCACUGAAUGACCAAGAGCAGCAUGAAGGACUUGGAACCUAUCCUUGUAAAGAGUUUCUUGAUGGAUAAUGGUGACCACAUGCCUCCCUUUUCAGUACCUUUGAACAGCAACCAUGUGGGCUGCUCAUGAUGGGCUUGAUUAUUUGGGAAUAAUAAAACAAAAUAAUGCUUUUAUUUUCUGAAUAACGGUUUGUCACUGA